CCACGGCACUCUCCAGCCAGCUAUGGGGGCGGCGUGGGACCGUCGACAGCUCAGGCCUGUUCUAGGAGCCAAGCUUCUUGCCGUUCUCGUAACGUUUCGCGUCCUCAACGCCCUUGUGGUUCGGACGUCCUUCACGCCCGAUGAGUUCUGGCAAGGGCCGGAGCCAGCACACCUUCUGGCCUUCGGAUCGGGCCAUCUGACCUGGGAAUGGGAACAGACCGCCCGUAUACGAGGAUUUACCCACCCUCUCAUCUUUGCUGCCUUGUACAAGGCGCUCCAGAUCUUGGGCCUGGACACGAGGUGGGCGGUGGCCCACUCCCCCAAGCUCCUCCAGGGGGUCAUGGCCGGGGUGUGCGACUACUGCGCGUUCGGGCUCGCGCUGCGCGCGUUCGGCGCCGCCGCUGCCGGUUGGGCUCUCCUCUUCCAGGUGCUGUCCUGGUUCAACUUCUACUGCCUCGUGCGGCCCUACUCCAAUAGCGCGGAGGCCGUCCUCGCCACUGCUGCGCUCUUCCACUGGGCUCCUCAUAUCCUGUCGGCAACGAGAAAGAACGCAAGGGGGGAUGGAAGUGGUGGUGAUAGCCGCGACUCGGGUGCUGCUGCUGUCGGGAGGAGGGAUAGCAUGGGCACGCGGGGGGAGACUCGUGCCCUGUUGCUCGCUGCCCUGUGCGUCGCCGUGCGACCGACUAGCGCUGCGCUGUGGGCGGUGACGGGCAUGUUCCGCCUCUCGACGCUGCCGAUCAAGCGCUGGCCCCGCUUUCUUGCGCUGACGGUGCUCCCGCCUGUGGCGACCGUGGUCGGCGCCUCCUUCUAUCUCGAUUCCAAGCUCUACGGCACGGCGACGCUAGUGCCCCUAAACUUCCUCCGCUUCAACGUGCUGGAGGGAAAGAGCCGGAUCUUCGGCGAGCAGCCCUGGCACUGGAACUUCUCCCAGGGCCUCCCGGCCGUCCUUGGGGCGGCGCUGCCGCCGGCGCUGUGGGGGCUUUGGCGGCCUGGUGACCGCCGCCGGCUUGGUUGGCUUGCUCUCUGGUUUUUGGCGUACCACAGCUCCAGCCCCCACAAGGAGUUCCGCUUCCUCCUCCCGGUGCUCCCGAUCGCGCACGCCUACGCGGGGCAAGCGGUCUCGGCCUUCCUGGCCACCCCCGCGACGGCGGCGGGGGCUCCUGCUGCGAGCAACCGGCAAGGGCCGCCACCACAACGGCGGCGGCGGCGGCUUGGGACCGCGAUCGCGGUGGCCCUGUUUGUCCUGCACGUCCCCGCGGCGGUGUACCUCUCGGUGUGGCACCAGGGAGGCGCGCUGGCGGCGGUGGACGCCGUGGCGGAGAGGGUCCCUGCCGUGGUGGCAUCAAAGAUAGCGGCGGCGGCGGCGGCGGCGGCGGCGGCGGCGGGCGACGGUGGGGAGGCAGGAGGGGGCCCGCGGCUGGGGAAAGGGGGUGGCGAUGGUGGCGCUCCCCCAGAAGUGGCGGUGCACUUUCUCAUGCCGUGCCACUCCGCUCCGCUGCACAGCCACCUCCACUUUCGAGGCUCGGAAGGGGGGCUCUGGUCCGGCAAGCCGUCUCUUUGGUCAUUGGAUUGCUCUCCGAAAAACCGCGAGCUGCCCGGAGGGAGCGAGUCAGACAAGUUCCAGGCCGACCCGCUGGCGUUCCUGCUGUCCACGUACGGCCCCCUCGUGUCCGGGGAGGAGCAAGAUGAUGAUCAUGAGGCGACCAUUGCUGUUGUGACACCCCCCGACCUCGCGGUCAUGUACGACACUCACCUGGCUAGGCCGGGCGUGGCGGAGUACCUGAGCGGUCGCUUGGGGCUGGUGCCGACGGCGGUGUUGUUCCACGCACACGUCAACGGAGACGCUGACAGUGAUGAUACGCACAGCAACGUCCACGUUCUGGAGCGGGGGGUUGGGCCCCGCGUCAGGGCGGCAGAGGGAACAACGUUGUUUGAAGCUGGCAGGGAUGAGAUGUAGGCGUGUAGCGUGGUGAUAUGGGCUUUUGGAAGGCGAGCAUGCUCGGCCGGGUGGUAAAAGUAUGUGUGCUGCUGAAUUUGCACUUGCCAUUCAUGUGUCCUGGGUCGGUUGUCGUAAUAGUGGAAUCGAUCGAGAGGAGCCGUUUCACACCCACCCGCGGUUGGUGUGUGUUGCCAUUGCUCAGCCGGUUAGCGGGGUGAAUGCUUCGACAAGCCCGCCUUUAGUCAUUUAGAAAACGUUUUGCAAGGAAGGUCUUAUGCGUGGCAUUUCGGAACAACGAGUGAGGGCGCUUGCUUUUCAUUCGGCAGGCUUUCAUGUUGCUGAGUUCAAGCAUUGAUCGAAACUGGGCAACCGCGAGUUGGAGAAACGGAUGUCAGGCCGUUGGUGAUGGAUUUAGAGUUUCAACGCUGUGUCGCUCUGUAGAUUGCUCCUUUGUCGUGGCCGCAUGUACUCGGGGACGUGCGGCCAGUUCGACAAGAACCGCACGAUGAUUGGAUGGAAGCCAA